GCGCAGUCACCCAUUGGGCCACAUGAAAGACCCUCUGCUGUUUUAGAGGGCACGUUUUCCAAUGGUAACCAAGUCACAAACUUGUGGUGGCCUAACUUGCUUAACCCAAUUCGUAACAUUUGGAGGACAACCAACUCUUAGAUGGCCUUGUGGCUUCUGACUAAGCAUUGUUCCAUAUGGAUUUAUCUCCUCCACAAUGCUGGAACGGAUAUCAUCAAAACUCUUUUCUACGCAUUCUGUCCCAAAUGGAGUUUUCCUUGUGGUGGUGGGGUAUUGUACUUAAAAUGGUUCGAAGGCUAGUUUUGGAAAAUGUGAUGUGCUCUUGUGCCUAUUUGUAGGCCUGCUAUAAAUAGGUUUGGCAGGGUACGCAUGCUCAUGUUUGAUUGGAAAUUGCACAGUGCCUUGAGCCGGAGAGAGUGGUGGGUCCUUAUACAAAGAGACAAAAGGAAAGCUAUGAAUGCUGCUAUCGCCCAGAUUUAGACCAUAACAGAUUACAGCCACAGAAAACCUCAUUUGUUUGGUGGGUGUACAUCAUCAUCUGCUGCCUUCUCUGAGGAAGUUUCGCCUGGGAAUUUAAGUUUGAAAGAGAAACUCUAUCUGUUGGAGAAUGAGUUCCAGGAGGCUGAUGACACGCUCCUACUCUGCGGGGGACGGGAGGUUCAGCUCCCACAAUGGAGAUGAUGUCAUAGGGAGUAGCAGAGCCAGCAGCCGCAGCUAUCUCUCUGAUGUCAGGCCUGAAAACAGCUACUCCAGUCACAGCUAUUCUCAAUACAGGCCAUCAAGGAGCACACUACAUUGUGUUAUGGCACAUUUAACGGAGGAGACCCAGCCAACCUUUGAGACGACAUUAAAGUCAAGAGCCGUAUCUGAAACCUGUAGCAUCAAGUUCACCUGUGAGGUGUCAGGUCACCCCGCUCCAGAAGUGACAUGGUAUAAAGAUGAUUUACAAUUGGACAGAUACUGUGGACUACCUAAAUACAACAUUUCCCGCAAUGGACAAAACCAUUCACUGCACAUUUACAAUUGCACUAUGGAGGAUGCAGCCAUCUACCAGGCGUCAGCCAGGAACAACAAAGGCAUUGUGUCCUGCUCUGGAGUUCUUGAAGUGGGGACAAUGAGUGAAUACAAGAUCCACCAGCAGUACUUCGCCAAGAUCAAACUGAAGGCCGAAAACAAACGCAGAGAGCUGGAGGAGCCCAAGCCGUGGCACAAGGAGAACCACGGGUCUCCUGGUAGUCGGCAGGAGACACUGAGGACCAUCAGUCCAGACCGGUCCCAGAGGAAGCGACGGUCCUCCAUGGACCCCAGCCUCAGUGCCCCCAGCUUUAUGGAGGAUGAAGUGGUUGAGGAGAGCACUCAGGCUCAUGCUGGGGAGGCAGAGGCUAGGCUACAGGACACACCUGUGGUGGGAGAAGAAAAACGGGAAACUAACAGGGCUGGGUCUUCGAAUGUCAAUGGACAGGCAGCCAUUACAGAAAAUAGCAGCAACAAAGGCCAGACGUAUGUUUACGAUUCAGUGCAGAAGUCUUUUGCUCCACACACACCAAAAGCAUCACUGGCCAAGAAGAAGAUAAAGAUCUCCAAUGGAGAGGAUAGUGGGAUGACGGCUGAUAGCCAAGCAGGGAAGAAGCCUGAGGAGAGAGUGAUGAGUGAAGAAGGAGAGGUCAGUGUGACAUGCUGUCUGGUUGAGUCCUCACCCUCACUGGGGUCAUCAGAAGAGGCCCUGGAAGUAGAGAGUGCUGUUGAAACUUCAGCCUCAAAGACAGAGAGUGGAAAAUACAUGAAUCAGUCUGAGAGAGCCCCACUGAACAACACAGUGUCAGUAAUGGAAGAAGUGAAGGUCCAAGUGAAGGAGAAAGUACCUGUACAAACCCCACCACACAACGGAGAGCCUAGCAUCCUGUCUACUUCUACUGGGCACCUCUCUACAGGGGAAACCAUCUCAGGGAAUAAGAGUCAGAAUGCUGGAGUGGCUCAGGUGACCCAAAAGGUUGAAAAUAACAAUAUUAUGGGGAGUCAGAGUACAGUUCCUCCUGUCACCUCAUCACAAUCAUGUCCUUCAGCUAAACUAAAACCACAACCAAGUCCUUCAGCUAAAAUAAAACCACAACCAAGUCCUUCAGCUAAAAUAAAACCACAACUAAGUCCUCCUUCAGCGAAAUCACAACCACAACCACGUCAACCAAGUCCUCAUUCUGUGACGUCACAACCACAACCAAGCCCUUCAGCAAAACCACAGCCACAACCAAAUCCUCCUUCUGCGAAACUACAACCACAACCACGUGAAUCAAGCCCUUCAGUAAAAUCACAACUAGGUCCCUCAGUAACACCACAACCACAACCAGAUCCUCCUUCUGGGAACCUACAACCACAACCACGUCAAUCAAGUCCUUCAGUAAAACUACAACCAGGUCCCUCAGUAACACCACAACCACAACCAGAUCCUCCUUCUGGGAACCUACAACCACGUCAAUCAAGUCCUUCAGUAAAACUACAACCAGGUCCCUCAGUAACACCACAAUCACAACCAGAUCCUCCUUCUGGGAAACUACAACCACAAAUACGUCAACCAAGUCCUUCAGAGAAACUCCAAGCAAGUCCUUAUGCGAAACCACAACCACAACAGAGUCCUUCUGCGAAACUACAACCACAACCACGUCAACCAAGUCCUUCAAUGAAAUUACAACCACAACCACGUCAACCAAGUCCUUCAAUGAAAUUACAACCACAACCACGUCAACCAAGUCCUUCCCCGAAUCUACAACCACAACCAAGUUCCUCUGUCACACCAGUAACAACUCCACAGGAGUUGAGCAACACACCAGAGGACAUUAAAACCCAUCAAAACAACGUAACAGACAAUAAGCCUUCUGUCCUGGAACACCUAAACAGCACCACUACUCCCCUAAAAGGUCAAAUCGAAUGCCCGGGGAAGGAUUCAGCAUCAGUGCUUGAGGUGCUAAACUCAGAUACUUAUUCCAUCCAUGGAACUGGAACUGCAGUUGAAGUUGCUGGGGAAUCAGUGGAGUCAGUACUAACAUCAACCUGUAAGAGCAGCGAGGCGGUCUCUGCCUUGCCUCAGCGUCUGUGUGAACAGUCAGGAGAUCAGCUGUCUGUGGAUGAAACAAGCACGUGCCUAAAGAAUGUGUCUUUGUCUCGGCUGCCUGCGCAGCUGGAUGGGGAGGUUACACAGAACCACAGACAGACAGAGAGAGAGUGGAAUGGAACACCUGUCGGGCAAGAACCUGUAAUACUAACCAUCCGGAGAAAGCUGGACGGACAAUCACCUUCGCCACGACAACGUUCUCCAUCAUCAUCGGACAGAGAAGUCACAGCAAAUGCCAACAAACGGUCUCCUACUUUGCACAAUCCUCCGAGCCAAUCGGCCUCUGACAAAAUGACGCAGGGCACACAGGAUCAUUCCAGGGGAUCAAAUGAGAGCCAUACAUUACCUUUUACAGAGCCACUAAAGUCACCCCUGGAAAGCCCGGGUGUUAGUGAGAAAACCUUGGGGUGUACUGUUUCCUCAGUAGGCCAGCAAGGCCAAGUUGAGAUAGCUAUAAAAACUGUUGGUGAGACAGAAAUACAAGUUGAAGUACAGGGUAAUAAUUUGGCUGAGUUACAUGCACAGGGAGGCAGUUAUGAGAGAAGAGCUGACAUGGAAACUGUUUAUGAUGUUAGCAAAGUUCAGGAAGGUGAAAUUGAAAGACUUACGAAAGCACCUGAAAAGAAAACCGUUGAAAGUAUAGCAGUGUCUGUAUGGGAUGAGAAGAGUAUACCUUUGUUGAAGAUAGCAGAAUGCCAAGAUCUUUCUCUAAAACCCCGCUUUCAGCCUAUUAUUCCAGAUACAUCACAGACGGUUGGCACAACAACAAGUGUCCCAAACACAAACAUCUCAGAGCCACAAACAAAAGCCCCAACACCUGUAGCCAAAGUAAUGUCUAUUGCCGAGCUUUUAAGGUCACAAAUGGAGAAAAGUGCCCCUACAGCAGUAAGUCCAGUGCCACCCAUUUCAGAUGCACCCAUUUCAGUGGCACCUAUUUCAGUAGCUACCAUUUCAAUGCCCCUUGUACAAAGUCUAAACACAGACCAACAACCUAAAUGUCCCCCAUCAACUGACAUACAGGAUGUGAGAAUGCAAAGUCCAGAGUUGAGGAUGGAUGAGACAGAAUACAGGCAGGAACCUGAGAAAGACACUUGUAAGAAGGAAACCGAUACGUCUGUCGGUUCUAUUUCAGCUUCAAAUGCACAAUAUAGAUUUAAUACCUCUGAACCAGAACGAGUUGAGUCCCCCAUAGUUAGUCCUAUGACUGAAGCCUCACCUAAAGCUUUUGUAAUUCCUCCUAUCUCUAUUGUUGACAUGGAUGGCACUUUGGAGAACAGUAAUCCUCCUGUAUGUAUAGUAACGGACAUUGAAAGUGUCAUGGAUACAGACCAGGAGCAUCUUUUGGAUCAUAAUGCUGAUAUUAGUCUGGCUGCGAAUAAGGAUGGUCAAAAGGAGUCUUCUCUUGUUACUCCAGAGCAGAAGUCCUUGGACAUUACAGUUCCUCCUACAUCCAUCUCAUCUGUUACCUUCACUGCAGAGAAACAACAAACACUAGAAAAUACAAUCAAAGGGAUGGAUUCUUCACACUCACUGCCUCCAGUGUUCAGCAGUCAACAUGGCAGAGACAAAAGGUGUGCUUCUCCCACUUCGGAGCAUUCAACAGAAUCUAGUUCACUUCCUAGUGCCACUGAGAACCAAAGUUUUUCUACAAAAAAUACAGGAUUUACAAACAACGUUGCAACCCCGACAUUGCAACCUGUCAGUGAAAAACGGAGAGACUCUUCACCAGAUACUGGUAUGAUUUUAGGUCGGAGUGAAGCAUGCAAACCUGAUGUUCCUCAGCCUGCUCCUCAGACUGUACGAAAGUUUGAUACCAAGGGUUCCCCAAGUAGUGAGACACAAGGGUCAGUAUCUGUUCCCACCAUUCCGUUGGAUAGCAAAAGCUCUCCAUCCAAGGAGGUGAAAGUUGAGGAAUAUUCAAAGCCAGACUCUUCAACAUCUGUCUCAGUCACUGAAAGCAGUACUGGCCUGCUGAAGGGAUCAGACAGUGUGUCCCCCAUGCCCUCAGCCACCCCACAGGAGCUGGCCUCCGGCGCUAGACGCAAAAUCUUAAUCCCGAAACCCAAAGGAGAGGACCCUGAAGCUGUUGCUUCACCCACUGACACCCAGAGCCCCCAGAGAGAGGAGGUCCUCCGGAUGAGCUCCAGGCUAUCCCCAGAGUCCUCCUCUCCCAUGUCCCCUGGUCUGUCCCGCAGGUCGCCCCUGCUGCAGCCCCCCAAUGGCCAGCGCACCCCUCCAACAGAGAGACGCUCCCCACUGCUCAGUAGGAGGAAGCUGGCUCCAACACCAGAGACCCUCAAACAGAGCCAGGAACCUGCCCUGGAGACAACCGACACUACCAAGACUGAGGAGAAACCAGCUGAGAAGGACAAGCAUAACCCAUUCAAAGCUCCUCAGGUCAUCAGGAAGAUUAGAGGAGAGCCCUUCUCAGAUGCGGCAGGACAUCUGAAACUGUGGUGCCAGUUCUUCAACGUUCUUAGUGACUCCACAAUUAAGUGGAUCAGGGAUGAGGUGGAGAUCGCUGAGGUUAAAAGAAGUGCAGGAGAUGAGACUCAGGUAGCGUUGGCUAUUGUCCAGACAUCCAGCAGAGACUGUGGAGUUUAUGGCUGCACCAUAACUAAUGAAUACGGGACAGACACAACAGACUUCCUACUGAGUGUUGACAUACUCUCUGGCAUGUUUCUGCGUGAGGAUCAAGAAGUGGGAGAGGAGAUAGAGAUGAGUCCACUACUGUUCACCAAGGGCCUGGCUGACUCUGGCGUCUGGGGAAGUAAGUUCUUUGGGCGUAUCAUGAUGGAGGAGGCCCAUAUAGGAGAGGGCUGCUCCCACAAGGCCUGCAGAGUGAAGGUCAUCUAUGGGCUGGAGCCAGUGUUUGAGUCUGGGACCACAUGUUACAUCAAGGUGAAGAGCCCCAUCGCCUACUACGGAGCCAAGGAGGAGAGCAACCUCGUCGAGAGGAACCUGGCAAUCACUCAACAGGAAUGUAGAAUUCAGAACAUCGCUCGUGAAUACUGCAAGAUCUUUGCUGCGGAAUGUAGGGUGAUAGGAACCUUUGGAGAAGCGCUGGAAGUGAUCCCAGUCCACCUUAUGUAUCGGCCUGCCAACAGCAUUCCCCAUGCUACAGUGGAGUCUGACCUGAAGGGGGUCUAUCUGAGGUACUGUCUGAUGGACGCUACAGGCCGGCUGGUCAUGAGAACUGGCUCAGAGGCGGCACUGAAGUGUUGUGCUCUGCAGCACUGGAUCCUCCAGUGGACCAAUGGAAACCUGCUGCUCACUCGGAUGGAAGGUGUUGACUUCAAGAUCACAAAUGUUGGAAUUUCCAUCAAAUCGAAAGGGUACCAAAGUCUCACGAUCACAGAGAACCCCAAUGUGUUUGAGCAGUUUGUCUCUCAGCACCAGUGUAACUCCUACUGCGGCCUCCUCAGCCUGAGGUCCCUGAAGACACAGGACUCCCUGCAGACCCCAGCCAAACCCAAGGGCUCCAGGAGCCCCCUGCUCCACCGCAAGAUGGGCGGCUCCUCCAGUCCCCAGCCCUCCAGGAAGGCCACAGGAAGCCCCCGGCUGAUCAGAAAGCCAGCACAGCCAGAGGACAGCAAAGCUACCGCCAAGCACAAGGCCAUUGAUGUCCCCAAUGUUGUCCGAAGUUAGAAUGGCUUCAUCGGCCGUAGAAAGCAAGCAACUGCUUUUCUCAAUAAAGACAAUAAAUACUGAACCAGAUAUGGAAUUACUGCCAGACUUGUCCUCCCACCUACAGAGCUUUCGGGGAGCUGGGAGCCGGUCUGGGAUGAAAGGCUGGUGACCCUUCCUCCAAGCUGUGACAGACAGACAGACAGACAGACAGACAGACAGACAGACAGACAGACAGACAGACAGACAGACAGACAGACAGACAGACAGACAGACAGACAGACAGACAGACAGACAGACAGACAGACAGACAGACAGACAGACAGACAGACAGACAGACACAGAGCCCUGGGUCCCAAAAGAAAGAUGAGAUCAGAAGGAGAAAGAGAAGGCCAGGUGAAGGAAGAACUUGAAUGUUUCCAGAAAUGACAGAGGCUUCAUCCACAUCUUUUAAUGAAUUCUGUGUUAAAAUAAACAAUGAAAUGCCACCUCAGUUUUAAUGGGCAUGUCGCCUCUGUUGCCAGAAUCGGAGACAAUGAAAUGAAUGACUACACUAGUAUGUCCUUCAAAUUAUUAAAUUACACAUUAAUUUCACUAAUGAAUACAUUCUUCAUUUAUUAAGUAGAUCACAUAAAAUUUUAUGCUAAAGCUUUCACAUUAUACAGGGUAGACUACCUGGAUUCCUAUUGCAUAUUAGUAAUAAUUCGGAGUAGUAAUUCACAAGGUUAGCACGCCAGCUCGAUUCAGGUCCCAACAACAUGAACAUCUAGGGAAAAUACAUUUAAAGGGAUUGUUGAGGAGUUAAAGGUUAUCUUCAAUGGUGCACUGUGCUCACGAUAAUAGUUCUGUUAAGAAAACUAUGCCCUAAGAAUGUACCGUAUAUUGUAUUCCAUGACACUGUGAAUAAAUACGUGGUGCUUUUUAUACUGUAAAUGUGCCUACGUUUUCAUGUUGCAGUGUAUGACAUUCAUAGAAAAUGCUCACUGGAUGCAAUGGCUGUAAAUUAAAAUGAAAUAUAUUGAAA